AGUCGACGGCGCCCCGCGUUGUGGGCUGGGCGCUUCGCGGGGUGACACCGAGGCUCGGGGAGGGCGAGUGUCCUGCCAGAGUCACACAGCUGGGCAGUGGUGGUGGCGGCGGGAUUUGAGCCGGACUCGUCGUUGAGGGCGAGCGGUGUUCGAAGCAGCGUCCUCUUUCUCCCCUGAGCACCUGGGGUUGCCACCCACAGACCAUGUUUCUGACGCGCCUUACUUCUCAGCUGGUCAAGAUUGUCCCCUGGGCAGGCUGCAGUCGGCCCUGGCCUGUCUCAGGGGUGCUGAACAAUCAUGCCCACAGGUCCCGAUACAGCGUGCAGCCAACAGGCCCAAGAAGGGCUGCCUCCCUCCCGGGGAAGGGAGCCCAGCUAGAGCUUGAGGGGAUGCUAGUGCCCAGGAAGUUGUCCGUUAGCCCCCUGGAGAGCUGGCUCACUGCCCGGUACCUUCUGCCCAAACUGGAUGCCGGGUCCUCUGGGACUGUGGCUUCAGCCCAAUUUUACCAGUGUCCCCCUAGCCAGGUGGGGGAAGGGCCCAAACAGGAGGGUGAGGGGGUCUGGGAUGCACCUCACAUGCAGUGCAAAAACGUGCUGAAGAUCCGCCGGCGGAAGAUGAACCACCACAAGUACCGCAAGUUGGUCAAGAGGACACGGUUCCUGCGGCGGAAGAUCCGGGCAGGACGCCUGAAACGGAAGCAGAUCAAGUUCGAGAGAGACCUGAGGCGCAUCUGGCUGAAGGCAGGUCUGAAGGAACCUCCUGCAGGCUGGCAGACCCCCAAGAUCUACCUGAAGGAUAAAUGAGUCUGUGUCCCUCUCCCCUUCCCCUCUUGCUGCUAGUGACCCAUCGUAAUAAAUGUUCAGAGGACUCAGC